UCGGCGUCUCCGUAAACGCUGCAGAACAAUGGCUGUUGAUUAGUAUGAUGUGAAGCUUAUCGCUACUGCGGGUAAUAAAUAGAUACGUUCUUUGAUAUCUCGUGCUGUUUCUCCACAAUGGCUCCCAAAUUCUCGCAGACUCGCCGGGCCGGUAGCAAGGCGUCAUGAAAAAUUUCAAGAGCUUGGAACAUUAAUAUAAAGUAGUGAUCAGGACUGAUGUCUCAAGGCUGAAAAAGCAACGCACCAGGGUGUUUGACACCAUGGCUACUGGAGAAGUCGUUUGGGACGCUAUCGACAGCCUCGCCCAUAGACAACAGCGGGAAUGGAAGAGCUGAUAAGGUUCCCCCAUAUGUCCUCACCAAAUGUCGAGGGAAGCGCAAAGAAGAAAAAGAAAAUAGAGAGAGUGUCACUAGGAGUUGUGUUAUCUAUGCGUUAGGGGGUGGUCGCUUCUCGUCAAUUGUCUACAGUCCGCCCGUACGAUAGCCGCGCUGUGUUCCAAGUGAGAGUCUUCUACGAGCAGCACGAUCUGCGGCUGCGCCCGCCGCUGACCGUUCCAUCCUCGUCGGGCAUCGGGUGGGCGGCAUGGCGUCGUUUUUCUGCCUGACCCCCGUCUGGGACUGGGACCUGACCUGGUAUUCGGCGUACCCUCGCUUUACCAGCUGCUUCGAGUGGACCGUGCUCGCCUACCUGCCGGGAAGCGUGCUGCUUCUCUUCGGAUUCGUGCCAUGGAUCCUGUGCGACGCCGGAAGGAAGAAGUGUCCCGUGAUGAGGACCAGACCCUUGUGCCUGACUCCGCUGAGCCUUCUGCGCUUCCUGCUGAGCCUCCUCCUAGCCCUUGUGUACGCCUUCUCCUUCAUCUGCAAGUUGACCAUGGACGUGCCGUUCUCGUCUUGGGCGUCGCUGACGGCAGACCUUGUUCGCUGUGUGACGUUCUCGAUCACGCUGAUCAUCCAGGAGCACAACCGCCGCGAAGGCGCUGGGUCUUCGAACUUGAUGAUGUUCUUCUGGUUUGUAGCGGCGUUCUUCCAGCUCCCCGAGUACUUCCACUACCUUGAGGACGUCUUCCGAGCCGACGUCGACCUGCCGGACGUGUUCCCCAUUGAAUUUGCUGUCAGCAUGUCUGCCUACCCUAUUGUGGUGGUGCAGUUCGUCUUGUCGUGUCUCACCGACGUCCGUCCGGACACCAAAAGGCCGUAUCUGACCGCCGGGCCGCUUUCUUCGUUGCUGUUCAUGUGGAUGACUCCACUGAUUGUGAAAGGUUUCAGGCGAAGCCUGGAACUUAUCGACCUAUUCAAACCGAGGCCGGAGUUGGUGACGCGAGUGAAGCAUGACGAGUGGUGUGUCUACUGGAACAAGGAGCUCGAUUCAGCGGGCUACAAGGCGCAAGAUGGCUCUUGCGAUUGCGAGAGGCCGACACCAUCGCUCUUUAGAACCAUGAGAAAAGCCUUCUGGAAGCCGGUUCUGCUUGGUUGUAUCCUGGGUAUGAUUCGGACACUUGUGAGGACCGCGCCUGCAUUGCUGCUUCACCUUAUCACGGGUUACAUGGCCAGCGACGAGCCUACCUGGAAAGGUGUCAUGUAUGCGGUCGGAAUAGUAGCCUCCAACUUCAUAACAGCCAUGUUCGUGCGCCACAUUGACUGUACGCUUUCCCUCACUGGCCUCGGCAUGAAAGCUGCCGUCAUUGGUGCUGUCUAUAGGAAAGCGUUGAAAAUUUCGAGCGAAGGACAGCAAGAUUACACAGUAGGGGAAAUGGUGAAUUUGGUUUCGGUCGACGCUGACCGUGUCUUUAGGCUGGCAGCCUCCUUUGGUUUUGUUUCCUCCGCACCACUGCUUAUCAUUAUCUCCAUAGGGCUUCUAUGGCAAUACCUGGGCGUAGCCUGCCUGGCUGGGAUCGGCGUUAUGGUCGUUAUCAUGCCUCUUGUUCUUCUCGUAAUGAGCCUUGGGCACAAGUACCAAGCAGCUCAGAUGAAGCUCAAAGACAGGAGAAUCAAGAGCAUGUCGGAAAUACUGAACAGCAUCAAGAUCCUGAAGUUGUUCGCGUGGGAAAACCCAUUCAUGGGCAAAAUCGAAAGUCUACGUUCGCAAGAGGUUUCUUUGCUUAAAAAGUACUCGUACCUUACCGCCUUCAGUUGCUUUUGCAUGACUUGCUCUUCUGUCCUCGUGGCCUUCUCGAGUUUUGUGACCUACGUGCUGAUCAGCGAUAAGAACAUUCUGAACCCAACCGUGACGUUUGUAUCUCUGACGCUCUUCAAUCAGAUGCGUUACUCUAUGUUCUUAAUCCCGGACUUCAUUUCGAACGCAAUACAAACCAACGUGGCUUUCGGCAGGAUAAGAAAAUUCCUAAUGUCAUCUGAAAUAGACCGGUGCGCGGUGUCACGAACACCAGAAGAUGGCGAAGACGUCACAAUAAAAGGCGCGACAAUGUCCUGGUCGUGGGACAGGGAAUGUGUUCUGCACGACAUAAACCUAUCUGUGAAAACUGGUGAGCUUCUUGCAAUUGUCGGUCCUGUCGGAAGUGGGAAGUCAUCACUUCUCUCCGCUCUGCUCGGAGACCUUCGGAUUCGGUCUGGCUCAGUGGACUGCAUUGAAGACGUGGCCUACGUUCCCCAGUGCCCCUGGAUUCAAAACAAAACAGUGAGGGACAAUAUUGUGUUUACAAAGAGCUACGAUGGCAAACUCUACGAAAAAGUUUUGAGAGCGUGCUGCCUUGAAAAAGACUUAGAAAUAUUGCCGGGUGGUGACCUGACAGAGAUAGGCGAGAAAGGCAUCAACCUCAGCGGUGGCCAGAAGCAGAGAGUAAGUUUAGCGCGAGCCGCUUAUCAGCGCAAAAGACUUUAUCUCUUCGAUGAUCCUCUGAGUGCCGUUGAUGCUCAUGUUGGUGCGGCUAUAUUCAAGGACCUAAUGGGCCCUCGAGGCCUUCUGAAGGGCGUGACGAGAAUCCUGGUUACUCAUAAUCUUUCAGUCUUGCCUGACGUUGAUCGAAUUGUCGUUAUGAGAGGAGGUUCUAUAGUCGAGACUGGCACCUACCAAGAGCUUAAGGAAGAAGGCAGCGUGCUGUCAGAACUGCUCAAGGAAUUCGUAAAGAAGAAGAAGAAGAAGAAGCGUAAGCAGUCAGAACAGGGGGAGGAUUCUGUCGCAGAAACGGACGCCAAGUCGGAAGGAAAGCCAGAAAAGGAGGAGACGAAUAUUGUCCAGAAAGAGAUAGUCGAGGAGGGCUCUAUCAAGAUGAGAGUUUAUCUGAACUAUAUAAAACACGCCGGCCCGCUACUCGUUUUCACGCUUCUUUUCUACGCCGCCUUCAGGGCCAUCGACAUAUACACUGGUAUAUGGCUCAGUGAGUGGAGCACAGAUCCACCGCUUCCAGAUGGAACUCAGAAUAUUCCUUUGAGAAACUACAGAAUAAUGAUUUACGCCAUCUUGUGCGUCUGUCAGAGUUUGACGGGCUUCGUCGGUGUGGCACUGCUAUGGAGGGUCGCUCUUUCGGCAUCAACGAGACUGCACGGCUUGAUGCUUUCCGGAGUCAUGAGAGCUCCUCUAUCUUUCUUCGACGCCACUCCUUCAGGUCGCAUUUUGAACCGGUUCGGCAAAGAUGUCGACCAACUCGACGUCCAACUUCCCAUGGUGGGCAACUUCUUCCUGGAGUUUCUCAUCCAGAUUGUUGGCAUGAUAGUGCUCAUUUCCAUAAACCUUCCAAUAUUCAUUGUUAUUGCCAUACCGGUCGUCCUGUCAUUCGUUCUGCUGCGACAAGUGUACGUCAAGUCUCUGCGCCAGGUUAAGCGACUUGAAUCAGUGACCCGGUCGCCCGUGAACAACCAUCUUUCCGAGACCGUGACGGGCCUAUCAAGCGUACGGAGUUAUGGCGUGCAAAGGAUCUUCGUCGAUGAAAAUGACCACAAGGUGGACGUGACGCAAAACUGUACCGUCAACAGCCUUCACUGCAACUACUGGAUGCAGAUACGGCUGGAAGUCAUCGGUGACAUUCUGCUCAUCACAAUGCUCCUGCUCCUAGUUACCAACAGAGACUACAUCGAUGCCGGCAUGGCUGGCCUUAUGGUCUCUUACUCACUUAACACAAUUGCUCCAUUUAACUACCUCAUUUACUUCUCGACCGAACUGGAGGCAAACCUGGUCUCUGCCGAACGCCUGGACGAGUACAGGAGGCUCACCCCAGAAGCUCCUUGGUGUCUCAGCUGGAGUCCUGAUCCUGCGUGGCCCCGAGACGGAGCCGUGUGCUUCAGGUCUUAUUCCACUCGUUACAGAGAGGGCUUGGAUCUAGCGUUGAGGAAUAUUAACCUCGACAUACAGGCGGGUGAAAAGAUCGGAGUCGUUGGCCGAACAGGAGCCGGGAAAUCGACCAUGACCCUCAGUCUGUUCCGGAUUGUGGAGAGGUGCGAAGGCCAAAUCGUAAUUGAUGGCAUCGACAUCUCCACGCUCGGUUUGCACGACCUCCGCUCUCGGAUUACGAUCAUUCCGCAGGAUCCAGUGCUGUUCCACGGCACGCUACGUUACAACCUGGAUCCCACCGGCACCCACGGCAGCGAAGAACUCUGGGCCGCUCUGGAAAGGGCACACCUCAGGGAAGCCUUCGAGGAAGCAGGCCUCGACUUUCAAGUGACGGAAGGUGGACUGAAUCUGAGCGUGGGACAGAGACAGCUGGUGUGCCUUGCGCGCGCCGUCCUUAGAAAGACGAAGAUUCUGGUUCUGGACGAAGCCACUGCCUCGGUGGACAUGGAGACCGACUUGCUGGUGCAGCAGACGCUUCGCGAGCACAUGGUGGAUUGCACCGUCAUCACGAUCGCGCACAGGCUGCACACUGUGCUUCACUCGGACCGGGUCGUAGUCAUGGAACAGGGCUGCAUUGUGGAGGUAGGCGAACCGGCCAAGUUGCUCGCCGAUGGCCACACGUCGUUCCAUUCGUUGGCUCGAGAGGCGGGACUCGUGUCGGACGGAAAAUCUGCCAGUGAACCCGAAGCAUGAACAUCCGUUUGCCGCACCUACAGAAGUGUCUCACAUUUGGCGGUGCCUUGUUGCCACACCAUAAUUAUUUAUGACGCUCGUCGCUGACUUGUCUUCAGUGGGCUUGAACGACGACUCAUGUGUUUGUGACUCGUAUCCAGGCUGACCUCUGGCCAUGGUGAAAUGCACUUUUAUGCCUGUUUCCCUCGCGGCGUGUACACUUAUAUUGAGUGACGCAGUGAUAUCGUAGCGUGUGCGUAAAGCCAAAAGCUAGGGUCCGCUUUUUAUUCGACGCCUUUACACAGCGACUUAUGAAGUACUGCAUAAAAUACUAUCGCAACCAA